AGGAACCGAAGACAAAUGGCGCGCGCGCGCGCACUCACUGCAAUGAGAAGGAAUAAAUCAUCUCUGCAUAUAUUGAAGACGGCUGAAGGAACUGUAUUUUAUUAUGAUUUCGCUUGAAUGUAUCUGAGGAAUUUCUGGACGAGGAUUACAAAAUGAUAUGUAAUUUAAAGCGCCUAUAACGGAUCUUUUCUUCAUCUCCUCUCCUUUAUGUCGGGUUUUGCCUCCUGUAUUCAUUGUGCCCAAUGAGAAGAAUUAAGCUAUCCGUCCAUUCAGUUCCACUCAAAAGGAGGGAGGAAAAAAAAACAGAGGGAGAUGAGAGCAGCAAAUCCCUUUUUUAUUCAUCUUGUAGCGUUCAAUAAGUGAACAAUGUGUCGCCUAUCAGUCACCGAGGGGAUCAGGUCUUCGGGACUGUCCCACGCGCUCAGUGCUGUGAGCAGAGCAUCACUAACACACAGACUGUAAGAGCAGCAGCAGCAGUUGCACUGGCAUCCCAUCCAGAACCCUUUCUGUGACUUCUACACUGAUUUUAUGAAUAAACAUUGACCCGCGCUGACAGUCGCACUGGAAUGUGGAGUGAUAUCAUGCGGGUCCUCGCGUUGCUUCUCGCAGUCAAAGCGGCAUGUGUCCUCCUGGUCUCCUCUCUCACUGGCACAGGGGCGGUCAACAACAGCGGCCGGUGGUGGGGUAUUGUGAAUGUGGCAUCCUCAGGCAAUCUCCUCACCAACUCUAAGAAUGUACAGUUGGUGCUGGACCCAAGCUUGGCAUUGUUAAGUCGUCGUCAGAGAAAACUGAUCCGGCAAAACCCUGGCAUCUUGCACGCCAUUGCAGCAGGCCUGCAUACAGCCAUCAAGGAAUGCAAAUGGCAGUUUCGUAACAGGCGCUGGAACUGUCCGACCACCCACAGCCCCAACGUCUUUGGCAAAAUUGUCAACCGAGGUUGCCGUGAGACUGCAUUUGUGUUUGCCAUCACAAGUGCUGGUGUUACUCACGCUGUGGCUCGGUCCUGCUCUGAGGGAGCCAUUGAGUCCUGCACCUGCGACUACCGGCGCCGGGGUCCUGGAGGGCCAGACUGGCACUGGGGAGGCUGCAGCGAUAAUGUGGAAUUUGGCAGGAUGUUCGGACGAGAGUUUGUGGAUUCCAGUGAGAAGGGCAGAGAUCUACGGUAUUUGACCAACCUGCACAACAACGAAGCAGGAAGAAUGACAGUCGCGUCAGAAAUGCAACAAGAGUGCAAGUGCCAUGGGAUGUCUGGAUCUUGCACUGUGCGAACGUGCUGGAUGAGACUGCCCAGCAUCCGCGUAGUGGGAGACUUUCUAAAGGACCGUUUCGAUGGCGCAUCCCGAGUCGUGUACGGCAACAAAGGCAGCAAUCGUGCAUCCCAUCGAGCCGACCCCCGCCACCUGGAACCGGAGAAUCCAGCACAUAAGCUCCCUUCGGUUCGGGACCUGGUCUACUUUGAAAAGUCGCCCAACUUCUGUUCCUACAAUGGCAAAACAGGCACGCAUGGGACAUCAGGACGUACCUGCAACAGUUCCUCGCCGGCGCUGGAUGGGUGCGAGCUGCUGUGUUGUGGCAGGGGAUACAAGACUCGAACGGAGCAGGUCACAGAGAGAUGCCACUGUACUUUCCACUGGUGUUGUCACGUGAGCUGCCUCAACUGCACCAGUACACAGACUGUCCAUCAGUGUCUAUGAUGAACAAACACAACAAACUGAGAAACUAGAGACAAAGGGUCCCAAGCUGGGUAAAAAAAAGGGGCCGUUGGGGUAUCUGGAGGUUAUUUAGGAAUGAAUAAAUACUGAAAAAGAAUGAAAAAGAGACAGGAUCGCAAGGUUAAAAGGGACUAAACACAAUCUGUUGGUUGAAUAUAUUCAAUGUAUUAACUACUGAGAACAGUUCAAAAGUUCAUGAACAGAACUCAUAGCUGAUGGUAGGUCUUGAAUAGCAAUAUUUUGGUGAUGUUACUACAGCAUAGGGCUUCAAAUCGUAACAAAUGGGUCGAGAAGCACUACACACUGCGCAACUAUGAGCAGGAAAAAUCGUUCGUGUAGGCGCCGUUUAAAAUUUAGGGCGCUGAACCACCAGUCCUGAGGUUCUAGCUUGUCUUUUCCUCUCCUGAUCUCCAUCUCUGGUACUCUGGGGAACAUAGAAGCUAGAAAGUAGUAACUGGACACAGUUUGACAGAUGUUCCUGUGGUUAGCGAACCACAAGCAUGCUCUCUCAUAAACCAGUGCAAAAUUCUAACAAGAGGGCGGUUCUUUAAAAUAUUUUCGCGUUUUGUUUUCUUUAGCUGCAGUCCUACUCGUCUCACAUAAAACUGUGUGAAGUGCUUCUCAAGGGAUGGGGCUUCCUUUUCCGAUUGCUAUGUAGCGGAAUCCCGAACUCGGCCCAACCUCUCGUGAUUUCCCAUUCGGACCUGCCAUACUUCCCGUCAUUGCUUUGAGUCUCCUGCCAUUUUUUAAUACCAUUUAUUAUUAUGUGGUAUACCAUGUUAUUGUACUGAUGGAAAAGUAUUGGGAAGAGAAAAAUUAAGAUUGACCUGAGAUUGACUCGUCGAUUCAGCUUUGACAGAAGCAUGUUUACUAUUACAGAAGAAGACUUCUGUUAGAAGUUGUCAAAGACACUAUCGAUUACGCACAAGUACAUAGCCUACUAGUUUUAAAAAGUGUGUAAAGAUAAUCCUGUAAAUGCCCUACUACCUAGUUUACAGUGGACAAACAGUUCACAUUUAUGUUUUUGAAAGAGCCACAAUUAUGGAAACUGUAUUUUGUAUAUCAGCUAACAUAACCAAAAUGUUGUAAAUAUUAUAAAUAGAUAUGAUCUAUAUAUUUAUGCUGCAACUUGCAAUGUGAGAAAAUGACUUAAUCUGAAAGUGGGGUGACUACACUAUUAUUAUUUACAAUUAUAUGAGUAAUUCCAUCCACUUGUGUGCUAACUUAUACAAAUGAUCACAAAUGGAUGGCCAAAAACGAGGCCACAUACAUCUCAGAGACAUGAUUACUUUGUCAAAUGCCUGAUUUGCUCGUCUCUUGACACUUGUGUUUUACAUGCACUGAACACCAUCUUUUAAUAUUGUGAAUGAAAAGUAUUUAUUAUUGUAUGAUGGCUUUUUUGUUAGAAAAAAAACGCUAAAAUGAAAUAUUUUAGUUAAGUUUAGAAAAGUUGUUUUCAUAUAGAGUAAUAGCACAAUAAAGUUUAUAUUUUCAUUA